CUCUAUCAUCAUCAUCUUCAUCGUUUCUGUGGUGUCCGGGAUGAACGGGGCUGUUGCCUGCCACCAUUAAGAAUGUUUUAUGUGCACUGAUGUCACGCUGUCACGGCGCUUUUGUCAGCAUUGCCUGCAACUAAAAAGAUGCUCAUUUGUGUCGGUGCACUUGGACACUGCGUAUAGGUGUAUCCAGCAUGCAAAUGAGCCAAGUGUGAUGGGGAACCCUCAACCUGCAUUUGAAGGCUAGCAAAGUCUCAUGAGGACACCUCCGUCUUGUGCCAAAGGGUUAGACAGCGAGGAAACAGGCGCUAAAGACAUGGGCUGCGGCGGGAGCAGGACCGACGCUCUGGAGCCUCGCUACCUGGACAGCUGGACCAAAGAGACGGAGUCCAUGUGGUUGACAAGCACAGAUGCGGACAUCCCGCUGUCGUCCAUCCAGAGCAUCCCCUCAGAGAGCUCUGAGGCCUGCUUCACCUCCGAGAAGAUGGUCAGUCCCGUUCCAGAUUUCUUUGAGGACGUUGACGGCCUGCCGCUUCCCGCUCAGGCUUACCUCAAAGUCUGCUCGGCCGUCUCGGAGGCCAGCCUCGGCGACGUGAAGCCCGGGAGCCCCUUGAAGAUGCCGGCCCCUCCAGCCCAGGAGGGGGCGCUGGCAGCCCCCGGGACCAUGGUGCAGUGCAGAAGUGUCUUACACACUGAAGAAAUAACCAAAUGGCACGACAACCGCAUGUCCACCAAGCAGGUGACCAUCACGGUGACGCAGAGUAUCCACCAGGUGGACAAGAACGGCAAGGUCAAGAAGUCACUCACCACCUACGAGGUCAUGAAACCCACCACCGAAACGGUAAAGCAGGUGGCCACACUCAACACUUGAGGGCGCGUUGGGAGAAACCAAAGAAGACAAAAACUAGCAAGGCCUGGGAAGCGCACAAGGAUGGCGAGACGAGAGGCAGAUUUAUGAACAAAUUCAUUGUGAUUUAUUAAAUAAUGUAUAUUUUCAUAGUGGAUUGUUGCUGUGUUAUACUGUAUUUUGGCCAUAGAAGAUGUACAAAAAAUGUUUAUAUACGCAAUGACUGUAUGCGAUAGGAUGGAGAUACUGUGAGUGCUGACCAAACGGGAAGCCAAUAACUCAUGCACACCCCCUAGUGGACAGCUGCUGCAUAGGUCAUUCAUUCGAUCACGUCAACAAACAGCUCCUAGGUACCGUAUGUCAUUAUUGUGGGGCACCUGGAACCUUGCCGUUGUUGCUGUCCGAUGAUUAGCUCGUAUCUGCUGAUUAGAGGGGGGGGAAACUGCAAUAUUUGGAGAUACAUGCUGUACACUGGACAGCAAAAAUACUUUUUAACUAUUUAACAAUUAUUUUAUCACUUACCAUUAAUGAGUGAAGUAUUUACCACAGAAAAUAGUGCUUUCUAUGGAAAGUUUGUGUUAGUGUAAUAUUGUUUUCUAAACUGCAAGCACUAUGUUUACUGUGAGAAUAAAUCAGAAUAAUAUACUUAGAUUUAUUUAAUAUAAUUUCCUAUAUUUAGUAUUCACUUAGAUCAGGGGUGUCCAAAGUGCAGCUGGGGGGCAGGGGAGGGCAUUUACGGGGCCCUCGGCACUUUCUAAAAACACAAUCAAUACAAUUAAGCAAGAAAACUAAAAACAAAAAAAAGCAAAAGUAGAAAAAAAGAAGUAAUUUUGCAAGAAUAAAGAUUAAAUAUUGAGAAAGUCACAAUAUUAAGAAAAAAACUAGCAUAAAGCUGAAAAAUUUAUUUUAAAAAGUGAUAUCAGAAACAAAAAAAUAAUAAAAUAAU